UCACAUAAUAACAGUAAUACGUGUCUAUGUCGUGUGAGAGGGUGGUUAUAUAAAGUCUUGAACCUAGUGAGAACAUAAGGAAAGAGCGUUGAAACAAAUAUAUCAAAAGGAAAAUGAAAGGUGAGUUUAUCACAUUGGCUCUAAUGUCUAUACUAUUAGCCUUCUCGUUUGUCUAUGGAGGAGGAGAGUCUGAAAGCCCUACUCAUUCUGCGGCCAGCCCGAGUAGUGAUCCCACCGGAGGAUCCAGCGGUGCAAGCGGUUCGGCUCAUGGACCUAAUUGGGGAUAUAAUUGGGGAUGGGGAUCAACCCCAGAAGGUGGUUAUGGUUAUGGUUCUGGUUCUGGUUCGACCCCAGAUGGAAAAGGAAAGGGGACCGGAUUUGGGUUUGGUUCAGGUUCUGGUUCAGGAACUGGGUUUGGGUUUGGCUCAGGAGGAGGAGGAGGAGCCACAGGCGGUGGUUCUGGCCAUGGAAGUGGGACUGGACACGCAAGUGAAGGGGGUGGCGCAGGCGGUGGAAAUGGUGGAGCUUCUCCAGGUCGUAGAGAGAGAAGCCAACACCGCUAAAAUAAUAAGCAUUUCUUGUUCAUCUUAACACAAGCAUAGAUACAUAAGACUGGAAAAAGAAAAAUAAAAUUACCAUGGUUGGCACCACAUAUGUAUACUACAAUCUUAAUGCAUAAAUAAGGAUCAAAAGAAUAAUUAAAUAGUUGCGUGUUACCUCUGUACUUUGUAUCAUAACUAGACCUGAUAUAUCUUG